AUGAAUCACGUGAAUUAUCACUCAUAUAGAUGUCGUUCGACCAGAAACAUGAAUACAAGAAAUUUGCCACUGACUUCCAAUAUUUUACUAGGAUUCAUGAAAAGUCCGGAUCGAUAUUUAUCCAAUGGCUUAGAGUACAUGAGUCAAGACCUUCACUUCCUAUACAGAAAUUCCAACGAUGAACGCAUUUCGAAAAAAGUGAGGAAAGGAAUAAUCAGUAUGUGUAGGACCACUCACGGAAACUACAAGUGUACACGUUUCCGGACGGAUAAACCAGCACCAAAAAAUGCUUCAAAUACUGCGAAUAAGCAAUCCGGUAAAAAUCAAGAAACUGCACGAAAACAAGAAUCAAGGGCCAUUUCAGCAGAAGAAAACCAACCACCUCACGAAACAAAUACAUAA